AGAGCCACGACACCCGUCUUCACGGAUGUGCAUGUGUUUCUAAACACACUUGUAUUCGCUGCUGUCAGACUGAGCUGGUUGCCGUGGAAAUGGGAGCUUUCCCAACUCCUCCCCCCUUGGACGCGACCCACCAUCCGGAGUCAGUGACCAAAACUGUGGCCGACUUCAAUGUGGAUGGCGGAAUCGUUGGGGCCUUGAUUGGAGGUGUCAUCAGUGCGACACUAAUCCUGAUCUGUCUGAUGGCAUUCGUGCUUUGGCGCCGGUCCAGACAUAAGGGCUCUUAUGUCACCCAUGAGAUGGACAACCGGGAUGAUGAUGAUGAUGAUGAUGAUGAUUAUGGUGAUGAAGAUGAUGAUGAUGACUCAGGAUGUUCUGACACUGAACUCCAACAUGAAGUACCUCUUGAAAUAAGUGCGAAGGACUAGAGCAGGAAAGUGUGAACAUUUUACACGAAGAUGGUGUGUAGUACAGUGCCAGUCAAAGAUUUAGACACACUAUCUCAUUCAACAAUAUUGUGGUUUUUAUUCUCCAAAUAUGACUACACUUUGAAGAUUUGAGAAUAAAAAAUGUAUAAUUUUUGCAGGAUACAAUGGGUAUAAAAGUCUACACACUCUUGUUCAAAUGGCAGAUGCUGCGGAAGCUCCUUGGCUUGUCCUGUAUUGCAGGA